AAUUCGGUUGCCUGGAGUUCCAAGGGAAGUUGUAUGUGUGCCCAUGUGAUAACGUCAGUGGAAGCUGCCCGGAGUAAGUGAGGGAUCCAGAAGUUUGGAACAUAAGUCAAUUUGGGGCUUUAGCAUCUUGCAGAAAGCAGGACCACACAGUUGCUUUUUCAUCUACUCCACAUUCAAGUCUCCCUGCAAAACUGGGGGUCCUGAGACACUCUGAGCCUGUGACCCCAGCGUGGGAGAAAAUAGGAUCAAGAUGGCUAUGUGGCAGGGAUACAUGGAUAACAGAGGCUUUCAGCAGGGGAGUUUUAGUAGCUUUCGGAGCAGCUCUAGUGAUGAAGACUUGAUGAACAUAACAGGAACAGCUAUGGAUUUCUCCAUGAGAGAUGAUGUUCCUCCAUUAGACCGAGAAGUAGAAGAGGACAAGUCAUACAAUGGUGGAGGAAUAGGUUCUUCAAAUAGGAUCAUGGACUUCUUGGAAGAGCCAAUCCCUGGUGUAGGGACAUAUGAUGAUUUCAAUACAAUUGACUGGGUAAGAGAGAAGUCUCGAGACCGGGAUAGGCACCGAGAGAUUACCAAUAAAAGCAAAGAGUCAACCUGGGCCUUAAUUCACAGUGUAAGUGAUGCUUUCUCUGGCUGGUUGUUGAUGCUCCUUAUUGGACUUCUAUCAGGUUCCCUAGCUGGUUUAAUAGACAUUUCUGCUCAUUGGAUGACAGACUUAAAAGAAGGUAUAUGUACAGGGGGAUUCUGGUUUAACCAUGAACAUUGUUGCUGGAACUCUGAGCAUGUCACCUUUGAAGACAGAGACAAAUGCCCAGAGUGGAAUAGCUGGUCCCAGCUUAUCAUCAGCACAGAUGAGGGAGCUUUUGCCUACAUAGUCAAUUAUUUCAUGUACGUCCUCUGGGCUCUUCUAUUUGCCUUCCUUGCUGUAUCUCUUGUCAAGGUGUUUGCACCUUAUGCCUGUGGCUCUGGAAUUCCUGAGAUAAAAACUAUCUUGAGUGGUUUCAUUAUUAGGGGCUAUUUGGGUAAGUGGACUCUGGUUAUCAAAACCAUUACCUUGGUGCUGGCAGUAUCGUCAGGCUUGAGCCUGGGCAAAGAAGGCCCCUUGGUGCAUGUGGCUUGCUGCUGUGGAAAUAUCCUAUGCCACUGCUUCAACAAAUACCAGAAGAAUGAAGCCAAGCGCAGAGAGGUCUUGUCGGCUGCAGCAGCAGCUGGUGUAUCUGUAGCCUUUGGAGCACCUAUUGGCGGAGUAUUAUUUAGCCUAGAAGAGGUCAGCUACUAUUUUCCUCUUAAAACAUUGUGGCGUUCAUUCUUUGCUGCUUUGGUGGCAGCAUUUACUCUACGUUCCAUCAAUCCCUUUGGGAACAGUCGCCUGGUUUUAUUUUAUGUGGAAUUUCAUACCCCAUGGCAUCUCUUUGAGCUUGUGCCAUUCAUUCUGCUGGGCAUAUUUGGUGGUCUGUGGGGAGCUUUGUUCAUCCGCACAAACAUUGCCUGGUGUCGGAAACGGAAGACCACCCAGUUGGGCAAGUACCCUGUCAUAGAGGUACUUGUUGUGACAGCUAUCACUGCCAUCCUGGCUUUCCCCAAUGAGUAUACCCGCAUGAGCACAAGUGAGCUCAUUUCUGAGCUAUUCAACGACUGUGGCCUUCUGGACUCCUCCAAGCUUUGUGACUAUGAGAAUCGUUUCAAUACAAGCAAAGGAGGUGAACUGCCUGACAGACCAGCUGGCAUGGGAGUCUACAGUGCAAUGUGGCAGCUGGCUUUGUCACUCAUACUGAAGAUUGUCAUUACUAUAUUCACCUUUGGCAUGAAGGUCCCUUCUGGCCUCUUUAUCCCUAGCAUGGCUGUAGGUGCCAUAGCAGGCCGACUUUUAGGAGUAGGAAUGGAGCAAUUGGCUUAUUACCACCAUGAUUGGACCAUCUUCAAUAGCUGGUGUAGUCAAGGAGCAGAUUGCAUUACCCCUGGCCUUUAUGCAAUGGUUGGGGCUGCAGCCUGCUUGGGUGGGGUGACUCGGAUGACUGUUUCUCUUGUCGUCAUAAUGUUUGAACUGACAGGUGGCUUGGAAUACAUUGUGCCCCUGAUGGCUGCAGCCAUGACAAGCAAGUGGGUGGCAGAUGCUCUUGGAAGAGAGGGCAUUUACGAUGCUCACAUUCGUCUCAAUGGAUACCCCUUUCUUGAAGCCAAAGAAGAGUUUGCUCAUAAGACCCUGGCAAUGGAUGUUAUGAAACCCCGGAGAAAUGAUCCUUUGUUGACUGUUCUUACUCAGGACAGUAUGACUGUAGAAGAUAUAGAGACCAUAAUCAGUGAAACCACUUAUAGUGGCUUCCCAGUGGUGGUGUCCCGGGAGUCUCAAAGACUUGUUGGCUUUGUCCUCCGAAGAGAUCUCAUUAUUUCAAUUGAAAAUGCCCGAAAGAAACAGGAUGGAGUUGUAAGCACUUCUAUCAUUUAUUUUACUGAGCAUUCUCCUCCAAUGCCACCAUACACUCCACCCACCCUGAAGCUUCGGAACAUCCUAGAUCUCAGCCCCUUCACUGUGACUGACCUUACACCCAUGGAGAUCGUAGUGGAUAUUUUCCGCAAGCUGGGACUGCGGCAGUGCCUGGUUACACACAAUGGGCGAUUACUUGGAAUAAUUACCAAAAAAGAUGUCUUAAAGCAUAUAGCACAGAUGGCAAACCAAGAUCCUGAUUCCAUUCUCUUCAACUAGAAUCACAAGGUUGUUCUGGAUUUGAAACAGGAAGGACAUUGCAGACGAUGCAUCUAUUUUAUUAACUGGGUACCCAAAACACAUUUCCCAUAUUUGGAUGGUGAAAUCAUAUUAAUAUGCUGUCUCUCUCCUACAAGUUAACCAGUUGCACUACAUAAUCUCUGGAAAUUCAUCUUCUUUUUAGAAGAAAAUAUGGUUAGGCUUCUGUGAUACGCAUUAGGAAGAUUUCAUGGAAGAGUAAACUAAGCAUGAUUGCUAUGGUUUAUUUGUUUUUUAAAGAUUUUUUUAUUUAAAAAAAUAAUCAUUAGUCAGUAUGCAAUCACUGGAAACUAUGCAAGAAAAAUGCCAACCGUCCUGACCUAUCCUAUAGCCUGUAGGAAACUCAUGAAGAACUCAUUUGAGGGGGGAUCUGACAUUGGUAAAAGAUGAAGUGUAAACUAAGGGGCUUUGCUUUUCAAACCACAGAAAGGAAAGCCAGAAGGAAAAUAGUGAUGGUAUGUUCUAGACUGUGAAAAUUCAACUCAAAUGUUAUCCUUGUCCUGUUACAAUGUUUAGCAUUAUUAAUUUGUUAUGUGUGUAUCUGUAUGUUAAUUUUAACUUUUGAUUAUAAGACAAUGCUGCUUUGGUUAAUCUCCUCUAAGUGAAUUGAGAGAGGUUGACUUUUAUAGCUGGCUUAUUCCUGGUACUCUUUUGAAGUGCACAAAGAUAAGUUAUAGAGCUUUCUCCUUGUCUGCAAGAAAGAUAAUUUUCCAGGUGAUAUUUGUUAGCUUGUAGACAAGGACUUUGCCAUGAAAUUGUUAGUAGCAAGGAAUGAUUUCUUUCAGCUUCCUUGAAAUGAAUUAUUUGUACAGUUCUAAGCAAAGUCACUGAUUAGGAUUUCACAUUUUUGUGAGGUCCUAACUAAUUCUCUUACCCAGAUGCCAUCUCCAAGAAUGAUGGUGCUUUAGGCUUCUGGAAUAUGUAAGAACAGUAAAGGGAACCAGUAUAGGCUGUAUACUGGAAAACCAGGGAAGAUUCAAAGCUGCAUCUGCAUUCUUAUGCAUUCCUUUAUAAAGGACACCAGUACUAAAGUAACUGGUCACUUAUGCCUCCUCUCAGUGUUAAGUACAUAUAACAGGCCAGUGUUGUCCCAGUGAGCAUGAAUAAGGCUUUGGAUACUUUCAAAUAUAUUCAAGAUAUUAGAACAAAAUAGGCGGUUGUGCCUCCCUUAAGGGUCCCUUUAGACUUUUAAAUAAAACACAGAGCCAUCCAAAGACCCAGGGGCAUGGACAAGGCCUGGUGACACCAAUGGUGCUUGUAUACCAUUGAAAAGGUGCCUGUCUCAAUUCUCUACAACUUCUAAUGCAGUUAAAAAAAUCACACUAUAGGGGCACUGGUGGAAUUAAAGAGCCACCCCCAUCAUUCCAACCACUAUAGUAUUCAAUUUUAUUUAGUUUUACCCAUGUGCAAUUACUGUCCCUCCACUCUUUUCCUCCCUCCUAUUCCUUACCACUGAAUCCUCUCUUUGAGGUUGAGUACUAUGCCCUGGUUAAUCAUUCCUAUUGCAAAAAGUGAUUCCCAGGGCUAGUUAAGUUGUAAACCAAGGCUCAGCAAUCUUAGGGCACAUGGACCAGAGGUGAUUCACAGCCAUUGCCUUUGCCAUAUGGCCCAGUUGUUGCUACCAUGCCUCCAUUUCCACAUCAGAUGUGCAUAGCAGUGAGAUUUCACUGCCAGAAGCGAAGGUUUAGCCUUCACAUUUUUACAGAUUUGUUCCCAGCACUUCUCACCAUCUUUCUAGCCCCAAAUCAGCAGACACGUAUUUUCCCCCAACUUUUCACUCUCCAAAAUACCUCAGUGUACCUCAUUUUAAAAGUUACUGAUCUAUAGUUCUAGGACUUUUUACCCCUAGUUUGUAUCUUUCCAAAGUCUAAAAUUCUUAAUGUUCCUCAAAAAUGGCUAGCCAAGGCUUAUUUUGAUUUUGGUCUUUAAAAUAUAAAGACAGCCACCAGUUUCUUCUUUUAAGUCUAUUACUCUAGCAUUUUAAUGAAAAAGAAAAAACAAUCUCUAAGGUACAUUAUAUUAUAGUCAUGGUUCAGUAGCUACAUCUUUUGUCCUUUCGUGUCACUGAGUCCUUCCUAUGAGAUUAGACAUUUUGCUAACCACCCUAUAAGUUUGUAGAAAUUAAACAUACCACAUAUUUCUGGUUCAAUACCCAUUUUAUUAGCCGUCCAUCCCCACCAAAGUUUUCAGAACAGAAAACAUUACUCUUUCUGGUAUUGGAUGGCAUUGAAAAGUUUGAUCAUUUUUUCAUGGUGUGGCAGUGAUAUGGAGGUUAUCUUAAGUUUGCCUUUGUGGUUUUUCUAGGUUUUGUCCUUGAUUUUAAAUAGAUGAGCCAGUGUUAAGGUGCUACUUCAGAGAAUAAAUUCAAGAAAUUAGAUAACACUGUGCUAAGGUAUACGUUCUAGAUGCUAAGCACCAAUUGGCCCUCUGGAGAUGACAAUAUCCCUCUGAUACCUCAUUCCUGAUAAAUCUCAUUCAUUAAUCUCAGCUUCUCAGGAAUCCUUUGUAGCUCAUAUGCUAUAAGUAGCUAUAGUAUAUGGUGUCCACUGUGUGUCUAAUCCUAUGUUUUGGCUCCAAGAUUGGCUAAUUGUGGCUAGAGCUCUUCUAGAUUGCUAGCUCAGCACCUUGAUACUCAAGAGUUACUUGUCUUGAGAUAAAGGAAAAUAUUCUUUCUGCCAUUGCCAGUUUAGCAGUUGGACAUACUUAACCAACCAACAAAGCCAGUAUAGGGAUGUCUAUCAAUAACCUCAAGUGGCCAUAUACAUCAUUGGCAAAAGACAAGAUAAUUUACAAUUUAAAAUUAAUGAGUUGAGACUUGGCUAUCUAGGUAUUUAAAAAAUAAAGUUGCCUGAUGCAAGGAAUGAGUUUACAAAAGAAUGCCACUAAGUGCUUCAACCAAGUUAUGAUGUUUCAAGGAAAAAUAUAUAGUGAACAUCUAGCCACAAAGAGAAUGAGAAUCUAGAGAUUCAUUACUGCUAUAUUGUGUAUCUUCAGAUCUUCAUUUUAUAGAAUUUAAAGAAGCCAAAACAAUUAAUAUAUAACUAGUUAUACUGAAAGGAAGAAACAGGGGGACUGAUAAUACUAAAUAAUAGCUACUUUAAAAAUCAUUUCUAUUUGGACGUUUUGUUAGAAUCAUGUUCCAACACUCCUUUUUCUCUGACACCAGCAUCCUGGGUCAUCCCAGCUAUGGAGUAGAAGUGGUACAAUUCACAUAUAUUCUCUGGUAGAUAAUCUGACAUUGAUGAUACUUUGAAUUUCCCAGCUGGUGGAGCAAACAAGUAAUUUGCUGAAUUGAACUGCAAAGAAAUUCCAUUGUUUUGGUACCAAAGGCUGAAUCUAAACCCUUAAUAGAAAGAGCACAGUACACAUUUCUUUAGCAGGUCUUUUAUUCUGUUUGAACAUAAAAAAUGAUAAAAGUCACAGAGACUUAGUGUCAUGUAAGACUUCAAAGUAAUUUACAACCAAGAUCUUAUGAACCCAUCCAGGAGCAGUUGGGGGCACAGCAAAUAAGCUUUUAAAAACUUAGCUCAUGAAACAAUCCAUUAUAGAAAGUCAUCAUUGUUGUAUGGUUUAAGUAGUUCAGUCUGUUGUGGUUGGGCCUUGAUUUUGGUUUGUUUUGUUAGAUGAGUAGGACAACUAACCCCUGCACUAUCUUUUGUUUGUUUCUUUAAUAAGUCACGAAGUGCAAUUUCUAAGUUGAGUCUUUAGUUAUGAUAGUGAAGACAAUAUUGAGAAUUUGAAAUGGUCAGUGUGUUUUAUAUUGCCAAAGUACUUACUGAGGACUGACCACAUUGUGUUGUGAGGAACUAGUUUGCCUACACUGGAUCAGAGCCAAAUGCAGGCUACUUAUCAGUUCAGAGAGAUCAAGAGAACAUCUUCUGUGGUAGUGCAUAAAAUAUUAAGCUCCUGAAAACCCUGGGGAAAAAAUGAAAAAUUUAGAAAAUAAGUGGGAGUACAUGUAGCAUAUCAGAUCCUUAAAAAAAAAAAAAGAUAAUUUAAAUAUAACUUUAAGGAACUUAAGUUUCCUAAAACCUUGUGUUUGUUUUGUUUUGUUUGUUUCUGUUUGUUUUCUAACCACCUCUGGGAUUGCCUGGGAUCCCUUUCAUGAAGAAUUUGGAAGUUAUCUUCUUCUUUAUUUUUUUUCUUUUUUAAUUAGGAAGUUAUGGCAGUGGAAAAUUCUGGUAGGAACAUAUAUGAAGGUGUAAGAUGGUGGGAGGACAGGCAUCCCAUGUUACACACCAUACAUCUGGCAUUUGUAAACCGCUUGAUCGUGUGCCUCUAGGGUAGAAACAAUCAAGUAAUUCCCAAAGGGCAGGCUUUCUAAGCAAACGAGAGGCUCAGAGUAGUGCUUGACUGGAGGGCAGAGUAGUUUUCUAGAGAGGUCAGAUCCAAAACAUCUGCUCAUGACAGAAUGUGGUAUCUGGUGCUGAUCCCUAAAUGGUAAGCUUUAGGUAGAUUGUCUUGAAUUUUGAUAGCAAAAUAGUUUUAAAAUCUAUGUAUUUUAGCCUUUGUAGUAUAUCCUUACUGUAUAAAGAAAAAGGUGAGAAUUCCUCCGAUCAGAGCUCAGAAGCUGUGUAAAUUUAAAGUUCAAUCAGCGUAGUGCACCUGUGAUGAUAACUGACUUUUGCUCAGCUUCCAUUUUCAGUUGUUUGCUCUAAGAAGAGAAGUUCUGAGAAUAGUGGGUGUUAACAAAUCUAAGUUAUUCCCCAAAUGUUGCUGACCACAUUCUCAUUUCUAAACAUCUGAAUUGGGAAAGUUCUGAAGAAUGUAGGAAAAAGAGUUGUUUUUUCCACUAUAUAAUCUGGUCUUGCCAAAUCACCCAAGAAAGGAUAUACAGUGUGUGGAGUGUGUUUCUUGGAUGGGGCCUAUGAGGUCAUCCAGCCCAAUCUUGUCAUAAAUUCCUACCUCUAAAUUCCUGCCAAAGGGUCUUUAGCCUCUGUAUAUGCACUCAUUGAAUGAAUGUGUUGCCUAAAGUUUGGACUUUGAGGAUAAACAGCAUGUUAUGAUAUAAAAAUAUGAAGAUUUAAACAAUGAUUUCUGCCUCUCCUUCUCUGUUUCUCCCCUAGCCUCAUCGCCCUCUCUUUCUCUUUGUCUCCGCUAUACCCUAAAUUCAGAUUUGUCUCAUUUUUUUUAAAAAUUGUGUUAUAUUUUUUCAUUUAGUUACUAUACAUCUUUACAGCACACAAAAUUCUGUAAAGAACUUGUUUUGAAUAUGGUCUUUGAGGGAGAGAGAGAGGAUGAACCUGAGGACAGAGAAUGGAAGGUCCUUCUGAGUUGAUGGGGCCUGUGGGGCUUUUGCUCCAUUGCAGGGUCUAAAGACAAUGGUAACUGUUGGUAAUGUUUAAAGCCUUUAGCAUCUCAAGGCAGACAUAUGAAGUAGUCGUUACUAAACCUUAUUAUCUACUAGUCUAAAUCUUAUUAUCUGCUAGUCUAAAUCUGUUGGAAGUGAGGGGCAGUUCAUGAUUUGAUGAGUGAAAUGCCAUCAGGCAAAAUGGGAAAAGGGUAUGGCCUAAUAUGAUUCGAUCAGGGUAGAAACAUUUAGCUUCAUUAUCAUAUUGAGGGUACCUCAAAAUCUAUGGUCUUUUAAGAGUGGGCCUUUUCCCUCCUAUAUUUCACUUUGCCUCCUCUUCUCCUUACUCUCCCAUUGUCCUGCCUUUUUUAGUACUCAGCUUUUUGUAUAAGUAUUUACUUCUUUAUUAUAUAUUUGGUCCCUUUGGACUAUGUAAUGAUUAAGAUUUUAUUCCAUUCAUGAUAAAAAUUAUAUGUUUAAUAUUUUGUUCUCUUAAACUCUUUUGAAGCUAUGCUGCUAACCAGGUACAGACUAGAAAGAAGUUGGGCCUGACGGAACGUUGGUUACAUCACCCAAUGAUAACAAUAAUGUCAUGAUGGUGAUUGUUUUUCAUUUGACUGAGGCCAGCCUCCUGCUCUUCCUCUACUCAUUCAUUUCUGGUGGGGGGGGGGGGGGGGGACUACCCACUAAAAAACCCUGAGGCCAGAAGUAUCAGAGGAGCCAGGUUCUAGCUGAUGGACCACUAUUUGAAUAUCUCUAUAAUAAACUCAUUUAUAGGGCCAACUCCAACUGCAGUAGCCAAAGAAAACCAAUCUGACUCGACAUUUUAAUUCCUGAGAACUGAUUAAAAAAAAAAAAAGUUCAGCUAAAA